UAUGUUGUCUUUUUUAGACAAAUAAAGAAUAUAUUAUUAUUAUUAUUACUAAUACUAAAAUUAGAAAGGUAUCGACGCGCUGUUGCCAAGCCAUCCACAUCUUAGCAAAAGGUUACGAAGUAAACUUACCGAAUCUCUCCUAGGAACAUUUUUUUGAAACGACUAUGACUACUCAUGCUGAGAAACGUUUUAAAUGUUUGCGAUACGCUUAUCGUGGGCUUGCUUAAAGUGCCACACUUCCACACACUACAAGCGUCGACGAUUAUGAGGGCGCCGAUCGUGCUCGUGGUUUUUUUGGUUGCCGUUCGGACGAACGACGCCCAGCAUAACUUCUCCGACCUGGUUGCUAUGAUAAGUGGCAACAUCAGCGCCGCCAGGGCUUACACUUUACCCCUGGAUAACGAAAAACUGACGUACGUAAACGAUACCACAUUAAACAAUUUCGGAACUUUCGACUUCAUCGUGGUAGGAUCGGGCUCGGCCGGUUCCGUCGUGGCUAACAGAUUGACGGAAAUAGCCGAAUGGACGGUAUUACUCCUCGAAGCCGGCGGUUCCGACGACGAUUUUACUGACAUCUUGGGCUUUGCAUCGUUUUCCUACUUUUCUGAGAAGAACUGGGGCUACAACACUACUCCGCAAGCGGAUUCGUGUCUGGGCAUGGUCAAUAACCAGUGUCUCUACCCCAGAGGAAAAGUAAGGGGAGGUUGCAGCACCAUCAAUGGUGGCGUCUACGCAAGAGGUCAUCCGGAUGACUUUGAUGAGUGGGCGGAGCUUGGAAACAGCGGCUGGUCGUACAACGAAGUGUUGCCUUACUUUAUCAAGUCUGAAAGGGCGGUGUUUCCAGAUAGGGAGGAAGAUUUUCACGGAGAUGACGGCUACAUGUACGUCGAUAAUACAUCGGAGACCCCUGGGCUGGAACCGGUCAUAUUCGCAGCUUUCGAAGAGCUGAACCAAACCCGUGUGGAUUACAACGGCCGGAAUCAAUUGGGCGUGGCGAAGCGUCAGUUUAACCUGAAAGGCAACAAGCGUUCUAGCUCUUCGAGAGCAUUUCUCGACGAUUUCCAGAACAGGACCAAUUUAAAUGUAAGCCUGGGCAGCUUCGUGACCCAGAUAUUGAUAGACUCUUCUUGCGGGGCAGCCUAUGGUGUCGAAUUCAUCAAACACGGAAAACGAUACGUUGCCUACGCCUCCAAGGAAGUAAUAUUGUCCGCUGGCGUGAUAAACUCCCCUCAGCUCCUUAUGCUGUCGGGUAUCGGUCCAAGUAACGGCCUGCAGGACUUGGGUAUUGAAGUGAUUCGAGAUUUACCUGUCGGUCAGAACUUAGAGGAUCACGUGGGCUAUAUAGGUUUGUUUUUCAGAACUAAUCAGACGUUCUACAACAUAACGCUGGUGGAACAGCUUCAGCUUUACGUGCAGAAUCUGAGGCCGGUGACUGGCGGUUCUUCCGAACUGGUUAAUUUCGUUAAUCUCGACGGUACUCGAGAUAGGCCUGACGCUGAGAUCGUAAUAGGCGUGCCGGCACCGUCUGCCGCUGGCGUUCAAUUCGUCUUCAAGUUGAAAGACGAGGUAGCAGAAGUAUUCGACACAUCUCCACUCCACGAUAUCUCCGUGUCGAUACUGCUGUUGCACCCUAAGUCAAGAGGUACCGUCAAAUUAUUAUCUAACAACCCCAGAGAUUUUCCAUUAAUCGACCCUAGAGGUUUCUCCGAUGAGGCGGACCUAGAAACCUUCUACAAGGCCGUCCAGUACGUGCUGCAGUUGAAUGAGAGCGUAGCUCUGAAAGGAUUCGACGCCAGUAUCCACCAUCCCGGGGUGCCUUCCUGCGAUAGCCUGUAUAAUAGGUUCACCAAGGAUUGGUGGUUGUGUUCUGCUAAGGUGUUGAGCAUCUCGGCAUGGCAUGCAACUGGUACUACUCGUAUGGGUCCUUCGCCUGUGGAUUCGGUGGUGGACCCGAGACUCGUUGUUCACGGGUUGAAGUAUUUGAGGGUUGUCGACGCGGGGGUGAUUCCUUCGGCCGUUUCGGGUCACCCUCACGCGGCCACGGUGAUGUUGGCGGAAAAAGCGUCUGAUAUAAUCAAGGAAGAUUAUGGUCUGUGACCUGCGCUGCCAAUGUUAUGAAAUUGGAUCAAUUUUGUAUUAAUAAAUGUUUACUGCUUCAA